AUGCGUCAAAUUCAUUCUUCAUCUGUAUCGCCUGAUGUCAUAGCAGCGGAUGAGCCCGUGUUCUCUAGUGGCCGAGGCAGCCUGACCACGAGUUCCCAUGAGCCACAAGUGCCCUCCUUCCACCGGCCACCAGAAACGAGACCAUCGGCCCAACUCCCCGCGCUCCUGUCACUUCGGGAUUAUGCCUGCAUAUUUGGCCAUGAUGCCCACUUUCCCUGUGCCCACCAGUCGCCCAAGCCUGGUCACCCUUUGUCGACUGCAUCACCGCCUUGUCGGCCCAUUCACACGGUCCAGCUGAGUCGCCCACCCAGUCAGCCUCCCCAGCCUUGGCAUGUAUAA